AUGCUCAACUUCUACAGGCGCUGCAUCCUGGGAGCAGCCAACACACUGGCACCUCUCAACGAUCUGCUAAAGGAGCUUUCUCCGAAGAAGAAAAAAGCCCCGCUGUCUGACCAUAAGCUGUUCGUCGUCUACGCCGCCCGACAACCCUCAAACAAGGCUUCGCCCUGGCAGGUCCGACACCUUGACUAUAUCCUGCAACACCAGGUUACCCUCUGCCAUGUCAAAGGUGAAGAUAACGUGGUGGCCGAUGCUCUCUCACGUAUCAACACGAUAGCCAUGCCUUCAGUUAUUGACCCAGAGGUCAUAUCCAAGGCUCAAGCCGAAGACCAGGAGCUCGAGCAUCUCUUCUUGGACCCUCGCAUUGAUCUUCAGCCGCUCACCAUCGACGGUCACCUCAUCCACUGCGAGACGUCCACGGGAGUAGUGCGCCCCUAUCUUCCGAAGAAGCUUCGUAGGACGUCAUUCGAGGUACUCCACAACCUGAGCCACCCCAGUAUGAGAGCCACAGCACGCUUGGUGGCACAAAAGUUUAGAGGCGGGCCUUCGGCCCACCUGUCUAUUCUUACACCAUGGCCGAAGCUAAGAAAGGGCGUGACUCAGUGGGUGCAACAAUGCGAACCAUGUCAGCGCUCCAAGGUACAUCACCACAACCGCUCUGCCCUCGGUGACUUUGACAUCCCCAACGGGCGUUUCGACCACAUACAUGUGGACCUUCGGAAGCUACCACUGACAAAAGGGUACCAAUAUUGCCUGACAAUCAUCGGCCGUUUCAGCAAAUGGCCUGUCAAAGUCUCGAUCCCAGACCAACAGGCAUCCACCGUCACCAAGGCCCUCAUCGACAACUGGAUCUCGAACUUUGGAACACUGCUCACGCUUACUUCUGAUCAAGGUGCGCAGUUCGACUCUACACUCUUCACAGAGCUCAACAAAAUGAUCGACACAAACCGUAUCAGGACCAUGACGUACCACCCGCAGUCAAACGGAAUGGUAGAGCGAGUGCAUAGAACGCUCAAGGCAGGUUUAAUGUGCAACGAGGAUACACCCUGGCCUGACGCCCUGACACUGGUCCUGCUAGGACUGCGCAAGUCUUUUAAAGAGGACCUACAAUCUUUCAUCCUAGGCCUUCGCCAGCUGCAGCAGGCCAUCAAACGUCCUAGCUCGCACGUCUUCAAGCACGUCGACGCGAUAAGGAAGCCGUUGGAUCCACCGUACACAGGACCACACAAGGUAAUCCGACGAAUCAACGACCAGAGUUUCAUUAUCGAAGUCAACGGACGCCCUCGCACCGGCUCUACGGACACCCUGAAGCCAGCGUACUUGGAACGCUCGGACAUGCCAAGCUCCGGCCAAGCCGAUGCCGCAGUACCCUUGCCAGCCACAGGACCGCAUCCAGGUCCCAAUUACAUGUAA